AUGCCCAAGACAAGGCGCGAGCGAAGAGAUUCUCCGCCCCGCCCAAAGAAAACAGCCCGAUUGACAUGCAAGAACUGUCGUGCCCGCAAAGUGCGCUGCGAUGGAGGCCAGCCCGUCUGCGGUAUCUGUAUAGCGUACAAUGAGACUUGUCAAUAUGAUCGACCACCGCCCAUGACGCAGAUUCGCGCUAUGGCGGAUAGGAUCGCCCAGCUUGAACAGACCAUCAAAGACCUUCAGAGCAAUGGAACUAGUAUUGUUCCAGUGGAAGCGGCUCUGGCAGACACGGGUGUAUCGACGGUUACAGAACCACUUCCGACCAUUGAAGUCGCGGACGGUCCUCUCGAUACCGCUCGUGCUUACUACGAUACCACGUCAGCAGUUCACGAUCCAAGAGAAACGCCAUCGCAGGCGACGACCGGUCAAGUCACCGUGGCACACAGCCCUGAAACUCGGCAGCCUCUACCAAUGGAAACGCCGGAGCUGAGGUUCUGGGAGGAUCAAGCUGUCGAGAGCGCAGCAGUUUACCUCAGCAUUCCUCAGGAUGUCAUCCGACGUCUUUUCGCGACGCACUGGACAUGGGUUCACGCGAACUUUAUGUUUGUUCCAAGAGCUCUGUUUCUCCGUGACGCCUCAGUAGGAGGCAAAUUCUUCUCUCCAUUUCUGUUGAGCGUAUUGUGCCUGCAUUCAACGCGUUUCAGGGAGCGGCAUUUGACAGAGCAAUUGCUUGCCAGGGCAAAGUUGGAGUUUAGUCAUGAGAUACACAAAGAAGGAUCCAUACCAUUAGUCCAAGCACUGCUGCAAUUCAGCGCUCGCGAAAUCGGUCGAGGAUCUGUAUCGCAAGCCUGGCUGUAUGGUGGCAUGGCAUUUCGAGUUGCUAUUGACAUCGGCCUCUUCUCGCUAUCGCCUGGGAAAUCUGAGGAUAUCGUAUGGAUGCAACUCGGGCGUCAUCUCGCUUGGUCUUGUUUCUUCUGGGACAAGACUUUGAGUCUGUACCUUGGGAGAACACCGUCAUUACCUGAGCCACCGAAAUGGGAUCCUGCUUUACCAGAUGAGCCAGAAACCGAGUUAUGGCCGCCUUAUCCCAUUCCCGAAGAUGAAGCACUCCAGAGUUAUCAGCCGAGACCAUCGCAUCUGUUACUGUGCUUUGCAUAUACUUGCAAAAUCAGCCUCAUCAUUAAUGAUAUUCUUUUUAGUAUUUAUGGAAGUAAAAGAACGAAAGAUGUCUUGGACUUUGUGCAAACUACAAGGGAGAGGCUGCACUCCUGGCGUUUAGGUUUACCGACAGCUUUGCAUGUGGACUACCAGGCUCAGACAUGUCCGCCUACACAUUUUGUAGCUCAGCAAAUGCUAUACCAUACCACCAUAAUCCUACUUCACCGGCCGUUUCUCAAUAAUCCAGCGUGCUGGGGGGCAUGUCAAGAGGCCUCUCAAGCCGUAGAGCAGCUUCUCAAGCUUCUCGAUAACACCUUUGGCUUCCAGCAAUUCACAUAUAUCAUGGCCUACUGUACCUACACCGCAGCCACAGUCGUCGUGCAAGACAUGAAAAACGGCAGGCCUGAUACUACACAGCGAUUCAAGAUGUUUAUGAGGGCUUUGAACGCCAUCACAGUCAGUUGCCCUGGCAUACAACGCAGCAUCGAUAUUCUGACAAGGGGGCUUGGUGCGGUGUCAGUCGAGCAAGAACCCCCGGCUUUUCCGGAGCAAGCCCCGCAGAUACCGGCUUUUCCUUAUACGGAUUGCGAAUACAUCUUCGCUGAAGGGGUUGAUGAGACGAGUCAUGACACGUCUACGGACUCUAAUCCGUUCUUCAAUCUUGAUUCUUUUCCACAGUUGUGGUUUAAUGAGCUCUCAAAUGGCGUAUUUGACGACGCCCACGUUGAGAAUUCAAUGUAG